CUUUAAUUUGUUGUAGAACGUGAAAAUUUUUUAUCAAAUUUGAUCAGUUAUUUGAAGAGUAACGUCAAUCAUUUCGGAUAAAGGUUAUCCGAUCCGUUUUCAUUCUUAUAAAGGUGACAAUUUCUGAAAUGGCUGGUGCAAUGUUGUUCGAACGUGCACAAGCAGUUUCGAUGACGAAUCGUAGCGAAGGUAUUUCACUUUUAAGUGAAAUCGUCUCCGAUCCGAGUAUCGGUGUUACGGAGGAUGACGAAGAUAACAUUCGGGUGAAAGAACAAGGUAUUCUACAUCUUGGUGAACUUUACAAGAAAGAAGGCAAGGCGAAAGAAUUGGCGGAGUUGAUCAAAGCUACAAGACCAUUUCUUAGCUUGAUCAGCAAAGCAAAGGCUGCUAAGCUUGUACGAUCUUUAGUAGACUUUUUCCUGGACCUAGAAGCUGGGAUUGGCAUUGAGGUUCAACUGUGCAAAGAAUGUAUAGAAUGGGCAAAGGAGGAACGUAGGACAUUUUUAAGGCAGUCGUUAGAAGCGCGUUUAAUAGCAUUAUAUUUCGAUACUGGAAUGUAUAGCGAAGCGUUACAGUUGGGAUCGGCUUUACUUAAAGAGCUUAAAAAGUUGGAUGAUAAACAACUUUUGGUUGAGGUGCAAUUGUUGGAAAGUAAAACCUAUCAUGCGUUAAGCAAUUUAGCAAAAGCAAGGGCGGCCCUUACCAGUGCUAGAACAACUGCUAAUGCAAUUUAUUGUCCACCCAAAAUGCAAGCUGCUUUAGAUUUACAAUCUGGGAUUUUACAUGCUGCGGAUGAGCGAGAUUUUAAAACUGCAUAUUCUUAUUUUUAUGAAGCAUUUGAAGGAUACGAUAGCGUAGAAAGCCCGAAAGCCUUAACAGCUUUGAAAUAUAUGCUGCUUUCAAAAAUUAUGUUACGUACACCUGAAGAUGUUCAAUCAAUUAUGUCGGGGAAAUUGGCUGUUAAAUACGCAGGAAGGGAUUUAGACGCAAUGCGGGCAGUUGCUGAAGCAAGCCACCGACGUUCAUUAGCGGAUUUUCAGACAGCUGUAAAAAAAUAUCGCCAGGAACUGGAAGAUGAUGUGAUCGUGCGUGCUCAUCUCGGCUCUCUCUACGAUGCGAUGCUCGAGCAAAACCUGUGUCGUUUAGUUGAACCUUACUCUCGUGUACAGGUCAGUCAUAUCGCGACCUGUAUAUCACUGCCACUUACUCAAGUGGAGAAGAAGCUUUCACAAAUGAUAUUGGAUAAAAAAUUGAGGGGUGUCCUCGAUCAGGGUGAAGGUGUUUUAAUCGUUUUCGAAGAUACUCCGCGUGAUAAGACUUACGAGAUUGCACUAGACACUAUACACAGCAUGGGGAAGGUUGUCGAUACACUUUACCAAAAAGCGAAGAAACUCACUUAGCCUUAUUUAUUACAUAUGUCUAAACAACAACGUCUAUACAACGUGUUAUACAAUCAUGUAUAGCAGAUUUCAUUUGUUGAUUU